AUGUUGCUAAGCUUCACCAUGCGGAAUCCCACGAUGUCCUCGCGCAAAGCCGUGGCGGUUCCCACACACAGUGACUCGACGCAUUAUCCACAAGGAGCACCAGCUAUAAAGUAUACAAACUCAUUCACAUGCAAAAAUAAUAAUAGUAGUAGUAGUAGUAGUAACAACAACAACAACAACAACAACAACAACAACAACAACAACAACAACAACAACAACAACAACAACAACAAUAGUAGUAAUAAUAGUAUUAAUAAUAAAACAAACAAAGCAUAA